CACCACCGACGCGGAAAUGUGUUUGGUCUUCCUUCACUUCACUCCUCACAAAUCACAAUCCCUUCCUUCCUCUGCAUUACAUUAUCUUUAUUUGUCUGUAAACAUCCGCACUUAAAUUAAAUUAAUGAUUUGUUUAAUACAUUAACGUGUUUUCUUCACUAAAUAAAUGUUUUGAGAUCUAUCCGUCACUCUCCACAGAUUAACUCACUCAUCAUCUCCCAAGAAGCUCACCGACGAACGAUUCCAAUCUAAAAAAAAAUUCCCGAUCUGGAAACUAACCGACUUCUAUAGGUGAAAGUGUAUCUGUAGCAAUGGCGGUGGCCUUCCGUGGAGGCCGUGGCGGAGUCGGAUCCGGUCUUCGCAGCUUCUUCUCGUACCGCACCUUCAUCUCCGCCUUGUUCUCUUUCCUCUUCCUCGCCACUUUCUCCGUCUUCCUCAACUCCUCUCGCCACCAGCCUCCUCACGAUCAUACAUUGCCGAGCGUAGGAAACGCGUAUAUGCAGAGGACGUUUUUGGCUUUACAAUCAGAUCCAUUGAAAACUAGGUUAGAUCUGAUCCACAAGCAAGCCACUGAUCAUCUCACACUUGUCAAUGCCUACGCUGCUUACGCUAGGAAGCUCAAGCUCGACGCUUCUAAGCAGCUCAAGCUCUUUGAAGAUCUGGCUAUCAACUUCUCUGAUCUGCAGUCCAAACCUGGUUUGAAACCUGGAGACGGCAAUGCUCUUGAGGAAGACGCGUUUAGGGUGCUUGAGAAAGAAGUUAAAGAUAAGGUGAAGACGGCGAGGAUGAUGAUUGUUGAGUCUAAAGAGAGUUACGACACACAGCUCAAGAUCCAGAAGCUGAAGGAUACUAUCUUUGCUGUUCAGGAGCAGUUGGCUAAGGCGAAGAAGAACGGAGCUGUUGCGAGCUUGAUCUCAGCUAAGUCUGUUCCCAAGAGUCUUAAUUGUUUGGCUAUGAGGCUUGUGGGAGAGAGGAUCUCUAAUCCUGAGAAGUAUAAGGAUGCUCCGUUUGAUUCAGCUGUGGAGGAUCCGAGUCUUUAUCACUAUGCGAUUUUCUCUGAUAAUGUGAUUGCUGUGUCUGUUGUGGUGAGAUCGGUUGUGAUGAACGCUGAGGAGCCGUGGAAGCAUGUGUUUCAUGUGGUGACUGAUCGGAUGAAUCUUGCAGCCAUGAAGGUUUGGUUUAAGAUGCGUCCUUUGGACCGUGGUGCUCAUAUUGAGAUCAAAUCCGUGGAGGAGUUCAAGUUUUUGAACUCUUCUUAUGCGCCAGUCUUGAAGCAGCUUGAGUCUGCUAAGUUGCAGAAGUUUUACUUUGAGAACCAGGCGGAGAAUGCGACUAAAGAUGCUCAUAACCUCAAGUUCAAGAACCCGAAAUAUCUCUCCAUGUUGAACCAUCUCAGGUUUUACUUGCCAGAGAUGUAUCCGAAGCUGAAUAAGAUCUUGUUCCUGGAUGAUGAUGUUGUGGUGCAGAAAGACGUGACUGGUUUAUGGAAGAUCAACUUGGAUGGAAAGGUGAAUGGAGCUGUGGAGACAUGCUUUGGCUCUUUUCAUCGAUAUGGUCAGUACCUAAAUUUCACUCAUCCUCUGAUCAAAGAGAACUUCAACCCCAAUGCUUGUGCUUGGGCCUUUGGAAUGAAUAUAUUUGAUCUCAAUGCUUGGAGGCGCGAGAAAUGCACCGAUCAAUACCAUUACUGGCAGAACUUGGUAAGUCCAUCAUGACAUAAUGUGUGAUUCUUUAUUAGUAACUUAUGCAUAUCAAAGCUCUUAUCUUCUGUUGAUUCUGUUAUUUUCUUGAGCAGAAUGAAGACAGAAGUCUCUGGAAAUUGGGCACGCUGCCUCCGGGACUGAUGACAUUCUAUUCAAAGACGAAAUCACUGGACAAAUCGUGGCAUGUGCUUGGGUUAGGCUACAACCCGGGAGUGAGCAUGGACGAGAUCAAAAAGGCAGCAGUGAUACAUUACAAUGGAAACAUGAAACCAUGGCUAGACAUUGCUAUGAACCAAUACAAGUCUCUCUGGACUAAAUACGUCGAUAACGAAAUGGAGUUUGUGCAGAUGUGCAAUUUUGGUCUCUAGAGAGACACAGAGAUGGACAAAACAAACACGAAGAAUGAAAAAUAUUGAUAAGAGGUAACCUCGAGUCGAUAUGGGUUCAGUCUUUCAGGGCAUUCUUUAACUGAUACGUUUUAUCUUUUACAUAUAGUGUUACGAAGUAUUUUGCUUGUUCUUUCUGUUAUAGUUCUGUUCUUAUUUUGUUAUUGUAACACUUCACAGCAAAAGCUUCUUUAAAACUACGAUGUCUCUUUUUGUUGUCUUCCAUACUUUGUCUGCCUAAGAUUAAGAAACUCAUGUCCUAUAGUAUUAAACCGCUUUCUCAUAAUGUGACGCGAAAAAUCAACCUGUCGGUCAGAAAACAAAGAUUCAAGCUCUGAACUCUAUUCUCAGUUACUCACAACUCAGAGCAAAAGAGACCUGAUGUGAUGGUUCUUUGGACAAGAUCACACUUCCCGGGAGUUCAG